AUGCGCCGCAGGGGGGAGACGAGCCGGGCGGGGCGGCGGGAGUCUCUCCCCGCUGCGCCCUGCGGCGGGCGGACCGUGCUGGGAGUACUGGUGGAGAACGGGCAGCAGCGGCCCGGCGCCCAGAAUACUGCUAUUACCAGGCGCUUAUCUGGCUCUGAGAAUACCUUCCCUGAAGCUGGAAAAGAUGAAGUAUCCAACUGUGUGGUCAGUACUACAUCAAAACAGGACUUUACUAUCUACAUUGAUGAACCAGAAGAGAAAGAAAACCACAGCUGCCAAGAGGAUGAAGAACUGGAAUCAAGCCUGUGUGAACUGGAUACUAGUGCAAUGACAUCCAGUAUUCACCUACUGUUGGAUCUGAGUACAGGAUCUCCCAUGCUAGUGGACACAUCCUUCCGGUGCCAGCCUGAGGAUCAGAUGGGAGAUCCUAUAACUCUAAUGACUGUGGGAGAGUACGCAGAAGACAUUCAUCAGUACCUCCGAGAAGCUGAAGUGAAAUACAGGCCCAAGCCCUACUACAUGAGGAAGCAACCAGAUAUCACAACAGAAAUGCGUGCCAUCUUAGUAGACUGGCUGGUGGAAGUAGGGGAAGAAUAUAAACUUCGAACAGAGACACUGUACUUGGCGGUGAACUACCUGGACAGGUUCCUCUCUUGUAUGUCUGUUCUCAGAGGGAAGCUGCAGCUUGUAGGAACAGCAGCAAUUCUUCUGGCUGCGAAAUAUGAAGAAAUCUACCCACCAGAAGCAGAUGAGUUUGUGUAUAUAACAGAUGAUACAUACACAAAGAGGCAGUUGCUAAGAAUGGAACACCUGCUUCUCAAGGUCUUGGCUUUUGACCUCACAGUGCCAACCAUCAACCAGUUCCUACUUCAGUACAUCCACAGGCAUGGAGUCUGUUUCAGGACAGAGAAUUUUGCAAGGUAUCUUGCAGAGCUGAGUCUCCUUGAAGCGGAUCCUUUUCUGAAGUACCUUCCUUCACAAACUGCUGCAGCAGCCUACUGUCUAGCAAACUAUACAGUGAACAGGUCAUUCUGGCCAGAAACACUUGCUGCAUUCACUGGAUAUUCAUUAAGUGAGAUUGUGCCUUGCCUGACUGACCUGCAUAAGACAUGCCUUGAUGCUCCACAUUGCCAACUGCAAGCAAUUAAGGAGAAGUAUAAACAGUCUAAGUACCUGCAGGUAUCUCUUCUGGAGCCCCCAGCAGUUCUUCCUCUACACUAGAGAUGUUGGAUCCUGGACUUAGGUUUAUUUUGUCUCGAUGAACAAAGCUAUGGUCUAACAUCUCAGAGCACUGCAGGUCAUGUGCCUGUAACCACGGUGAUGAGAACAGUUUUUAGCUAGUAUUUUUUUUAAUUAGAUGCCUUUUUAAAAAAAGGAUAUUUGACUAUAGCUCUUAAUA